AGGAACCCGUCUAGGAACCCGUCUAGGAACCCAGGAGUUGUCUCCCAGCAUGGCCUUCAAACUCAUCGUUCAGCCCAAGCAGCAACAAUCGCUUCAUCUCUCGUCGCCUUCCAUGUCGACUUCGGUGCCGCCCGUUCAGGAGAACUUCCCCCGUCUCCCUGCCACGUUGCUGCGUCCGACCGAUGUGGCCAGCGAGGACGCGGACGCGGACGCGGGGCUGGUCGCCACGGCCAUCCACGUUAUUUCGACAGAGCGCGCUGCCCUGUCCAAUCUGGAGCGCAUCUAUCAAACCGACCAGCUGGCGCGGGAGAAUUUGACGCGUGCUGUGACGCAGAUCGCGAGCAGUGUGAAGAAUGGAGGCAAGCUGGUUGUGUGUGGGGUGGGCAAGAGUGGCAAGAUUGGGAGGAAGGUAGAGGCCACGAUGAAUAGCAUGGGCAUCCACAGUGCCUUUCUGCAUCCCACAGAGGCCCUCCAUGGAGAUCUGGGCAUGGUUCGCCCGGAUGAUACCCUUUUGUUGAUCUCCUUUUCCGGACGGACUCCAGAGCUUCUGCUGCUUCUGCCCCAUAUCCCUCCCACUGUGUCGGUGAUUGCUAUAACCUCUCACAGUCACCCAUCGACAUGUCCUUUGUUGUCGUACCACCCUCCCGAGCUAGGGAUUCUUCUCCCCGCUCCCAUUCACGAGGACGAGGAAUCCUCCUUUGGCGUCUGCGCGCCCACCUCGUCGACAACCGUCGCGCUCUCGCUAGGCGAUGCCCUGGCCAUCGCAGUCGCAAGAAAGCUACACACUCUACCAGGUCGAGGACCCGCAGAGGUGUUCAAGGGUUUCCACCCUGGCGGCGCGAUUGGCGCAGCAUCCGCCCUGUCAACCCCGAACAGCAUGUCGGCCUCCAUGUCCAGCAUCUCGACCAUUUCCUCACCAUCGUCCGGGUCGUCCACGCCGCCAUCAGACUAUCUCCAGAGCCGUCCCAUCCCCCCACGGCCCCCGGUGGCGGUCCCCCAGCCCCAGCUGACGCUGUUGCCUCCGGUUUCACAUUCGGUUCCAGACCAUCACGGGAAACUGCUUAGGGAUUCUGCUACGUUUGUUCCCCUUCAACAUAUCCCCACCGUUUCUUCGCCCUCCCCGGACCCGCUUCGCCUUCUCGAUAUCCUCCUCACGGCCCUCCAGCACCCAAACGCAAAAUCAUGGGUCUUCUUAUCUGAAUCCGAUAUCAUCCCCCCGCGACGUAUCCGCUCGCUCUCGCAGAGAACGAGAGAUGCAGACAACGCUGCUCACAUCGGCACGCAUACGCAUGUCGCUGAACUGGCAGAUCGCAUCUCGUCGUUUUCCGUCAAUAAACGGGACUGGCUUUGCGUUCCUGCCUCGAGCACAGUUGACGAUGUGCGGAGUCUGCUGCGUCCUGAUUCCGAAUCUGAAUCGGAGUCUGGGUCUUCUAUUGCCGUGAUCGCGGUUAUGGCUGAUGGGUACCACGCCCGGGAUAAGGGUAAACUUAAGGAUGAGCUUGCGCUGAGCUAUGAGACCUGUCUCGGCGUUAUUGAGGCGGAUGAUGUGCGGGAUUCUUCUUGCGGUUGAUGUUGAUACAUAAUGCUGUUGCAUUUGAAAAUGAUUAAUGAUACCCAUGUCAUAUACGGGCUUUUUUUUGUUUUUACGAAUGUUGGGUUUUAAGUUAAGCUUGUGGGUUAUAUAUUUUUUUUGCUUUAUUGCGAGAUAAGCUUCCUGUCUAUCUCAUCUCCGUGCAACUUCACGAAACAUACAUUGAAAAGAAGUAUUGUACAGGUUAAGUAUAGAACUAAGAUUAUAGAACUGAGAUGAUAGUCUCAUAAUAGAAAUGCAUUUCUAAAUUAG